AUGGCGCCGCCGCCGCCGAAACCGAGCCCGAGCGAAAAUGCCAUAAUAAUAUACGCAGAGCUUUUGACCAACUUGAGACAGGUAACUGUCAAGGCUGUGCUGCCGUCGGUUGCCGAUUCGUCGACAGAAGCCAAAGUCGUCGGUGGCGGCAAGACGCUGGUCGUGAAGCAUGGCGAACAGGUCCAAGAACUGCAAUUGCCUGCAAGAAUAACGGCAGAUGGACCUCUUCCCGUGUCUCGAGGACAGUCGAAAGACUUGACGUGGCGCAUACCAAUUGCUCGAGAUGAGCUGCAAGGCGGCCACUUCGUCGCAGAACAGCAACCACUGCCUUGGACAGCAGUAGACCUGGUCGCAGGGUCGCAUAUUAGCUGCCGGGCUUGCAAUACGGAAAUCGUCGCCAAUGGGAGCAUAAAGGAGUGGAAAGACUUGCCUAGUGAAGGCUGGGCGGAGAUGAUGGAAUUCUGGCAUUGCCAUAAACCUGUCGACCACGACCAUGCCCACGAUCACGCAGCCGACGAAGAACAUCUUACUAAACGAGGCUACGGUGCCAACAGUGCCAUUUUAUCUCGCCCCGGGACGGGAUUCAUUGAUUUGAUGUCCUUUAUGCUGUCAGGGACAGACUGCAAAUCGCUUCUGUACCUUUCCCCGCUUGGCGAAUCUUUCCCCUUGAGCCGAUCCGUCUUGAAUCCCGAGACCAACGUGAAACUGCUUGGACUCUGCUGCUCACAGUGCCGCGCAGAGGUCGGCAGCUUCAACGUAAUUACAGCAUCGGUUAAUUUAUUCAAAUGGAGGGUUAUAUGCGAGACAAAUAAGCCCAGCAGCCAGCCGUCAAGUUCGGAGUGCCUGGUGGCUGCUCUUACAUCGACCAUUUCGAGAUCUGGAUCGUCAAAGUCUGUAAUAAUACCGGCGACACAGAAUGGAAAUACAGAUGACAGCGAAAAGGUGCCGAUGCCACUACAUCUUUGGGUGCUGAACAACCACGUUGUAUACUCGUCUUCUUUACAUCCAGGCGUCAAGACAGCCGUCAAGAUUCUUUACAAGGAUACGACGCUGCAAGAAGCCAACAAGAUGGCGGAUUCUUUGAAUGGAGACGUCCAAGAUAUUGUAUUUCCAGGACCAGCUGUUGCUGAUGCUCGUGAAGCACUAAUAUGGAGCACGUCAAUCCUACCUCACUCUGAGCGGUCGUUCCAAGCUUGGUCGGUUGGUCUGCUGAGGCGCUGGUCGCCAUGA